AGGAAUCAAGGGUCAAGAUUGUUUGAUAAAGCCCAUAAGAUAAAGAAAACUUUAAAUCUUUGUCCUCCUACUUCUUCAUUCUUCUUUCUCAUUAUCCAAAGAAGCUCAGACAAACUUUUUUGUUACUUAGACUUCACUCAAAACAAAGAAAAAGAGUUUUGUCUUUUGGGAUUAUCCUCUACUACUACUCAAAUUUAUCACUUUUUCUCCAAAAACUAUUAUUAUAAUCAGUCAAAACUCUUUUUCUGAUCUGUUUUUUUGAAUCCUAACCUGCUCUGCAAUACCAAAUACCCACAAAAAAGGGGAGAACAUUCCUUCAGAAGGAAACAGAGAGAACCAUACUCAAAUACUCUGUUUUCACUCCCUCAUGGGCUUCUUAAGAAACCCAUAACCCUUUUCUUUCCACUCAAAUCAAACCACCAUGGAAGAUUGUGUAAGAAAAGAGCAUGGCAGACGAGGAAGAAGACGAGCAGCUGCCUCCACCAUGUUCUUGUGUGGAAUCUUGAUCUUUGCUCAGUUUAGUUUGUCUUCAUCAGCUCUUUCUCCUGAUCAGUAUUAUCACCAACCCUACCCUUCACCGAGGAAGGUUGGUCCUUUCCACAAAACGGCGUCGUUUCAGUCCCCCAGAGCCUCAGUGUCAUUCACAGGUCCACGCCCAGAAGAAGAAAACAGAGAUGAUGUUUAUAAAGACGACAAGAGAUUUGUUCACACUGGUCCAAAUCCUCUCCACAACUGAAAAAAAAAAGAUUUGUAAUACGUAUCUGGUUUCUCUUCAGAUCAUGCAAUCUCUGCUUCGAGAAUAUACCUCUCCACUUUCGUAGAUUUUUGGUCACUAUGAGAUAUAGAUCAUUAUUGUUAGCCUUAUAUUCUAAGUAUUAGACUACGAGUUAAUGAUCUUGUUUCUCUUUGUUGCAUCGACCUUCGAAAUCCAAGAAUUAUUGAAAACAUAUUAUGUAACUAUUUAGUUAAAUCAGUAUGUUUUAGAAGUUACAUACUGUAAGAAAGAAAACAAAUGUGUUGAAGAUUCGAAUGCAUGGGUUUCUUCGAAGUUCAUGUUCUUUUGCAGAAAAGAAGGUUGUCUUUUUGUGAUAAAUGAUUAACUAAUGUUGUACUGUAGUCUUUCAAAACUUAAUGUUG